AUGUUGCGUGCCCCCAUAUCAAAAUCUGGCCUGCAGCUGCAAUUGCUCUUGCUGCUCGCAGUCAGCUUGUGCGCCGUUCAAGCGCGCUGGACACUGCGCCCCAGGCGCACCACCAGCACCACCACAACAAGUACCACUGCCAUGCCGGCGCAAAGUGACCGGCAUCAACAUGUGCAUCACUGGCCACCAUUAGUGGCACCACAGGCGCCACAAUCACAACCAAAACCGCCUGGCCUGCAGCUGCUGCCCACGCUCACAGCCAACAAGGUCAACACCCGACUUAUUGAUAGCUUCGAUCAACGCUCGCCCGAUGGACAACACGAGUACAGAUACCAGCUGAGCAAUGGAGAUACGCGCUAUGAGCGCAGCUACUGGCUGCCCGUGGGCAAGAGCUUUGUGCUGGCGCGUCGUGGUUACUAUUCGGUGCCAUUGCCCAAUGGCCAGUAUUCGACCGUAUUCUACAGGGCCGAUCACCAGGGCUACCAUGUGGACACGCACACAUUAUCCGGCGAGCAGCCGCUGCUGCCCCGCACCCUCGAUGUGCCACAUGAUGUGGCAGCCAUGAAGUCAACGCCAACAGCUAAGCGAAAUUCAAUAAGCGUGCCAGAGCGUAACGACGAAGAGUUGGCCCAGCAUCCAGAUGCCCUGGCCGUGGGCAUCAACACUUCCCGCACGAGCACCAGAAGCGGGAGCACAGCCAAAGGUCAAACUGAAGCUGAUGUCCGCCUGGAAGCAAAUAACCAGACCCAGUCCCAGACCCAGCACCAGAACCAAACCAAGCCAUCAACUGUGGCCACAGUUGACGACAUUUUUGCAGCUAAAGUUGGCACAGCACCAGCUGAUGAUGAUGAUGAUGUUGUUGUUGAUGAUGAUGACGAUGAGGUGGCAGCCAGUAACAUCAACGUAAACUGAAAGCUAGCUGAAUACGAGGGCGUGAAUGUGAAC